AUGAAGUCGAAUGCUGACAAGCGAGCUACAAGAGUCCAACCAUCUCAGGUUGCACUGCUUCUAUCCGAGAAUGAAGGAGUAUCGCAAUUUUCCGACCCCAAAUCGAUGUCUGGCAAUUUCGUUCCUAGUUCCCACCCAACUAAAUCCCCUCCAUCCUCACCCCCAGAGCCUGGCGGCAAGGUCAUCAGAGGUUCGCCACGAGCUUUGGCUCUUCAAGCGAACAGCCGUACUGGCUCGGAUUUUAAUUUGCGGAACGAGUCCCCUUGGGACACUUACAAGAAACACUACGAAUGUGAUCUAGCUGGAACAGUUAUUGUAUGCGUCCGGUCUUCCGAUGGAUGUGCUGCACGGGCGAUUCGUCAAUUCUCAAGCAUGGACUGCGACAAAAUCCUUAGAGUUCUCCGUUCGACAAAUCAUAAGAAUGUUGCUUCCGUCUGGGAAUGUUUUUGCACCUCUGAUUCCCUGUAUACUCUAAGCGAAUUUGACCCGUUGUCACUGGAUCAUAUUGUUGCUUGCAAGGCUUUCCCUGACCAGCAACAGCUGGCUGCUAUUAUGUCCCAGUUUCUGGAAGGACUAGCUCAUUUGGUAUCCCGGGGCUUCCGUCAUUCUUCUUUGGAUUGCUCCAGCAUUCUCAUGAAUCUUAGUGGGGAGGUCAAGAUCGCGCGGGUUGACUGCUGUAUCCCCCGGCAGACAAGCCGAGUCCAAGCGAGUGACCUAGCACCUGUGUCGAGAAUCAUGAUGGAGUUGAUGCAAAAAUAUGCCAAGGACGACGGGGCAGUCGGUAUUGAUGAUCUUGAACGCUGGUCAGCUUGCCCAGCUGCCAUAGAAUUUCUUUCCGCGAUUACCUCAGCUAGCUCCUUUGGAGAACUGAAAAAGGUUUGUGAGCCGCCCGGUAAUUUCGCUCCGAACUCGCUUACUAUUUUUCAGCAACCCUUUUUGACAGAAAUUCGGUGGAGUCCCGGCGAUCUCAUCGGCCUGGCCUGGUUUGCUCUGAUAUCCGCUCGUACGUUCUACUCGUACACACAGAAUUAA